AUGUCAUCUUCAUCAAAUGUAGAAACAAUACCUCAAAUAGCUAUGUUUAUUAGAGACUCUUAUGCAACACCAACUUCAAUGCCGUCAUUGGCCUCUCUGGCACCAGCACCUCUUCCUCCCUCAGUACCACCACCCCCAUCUACUCGACCUGCACAUCCUGCACCACCACCAAUCCCAACAAUACCAAUCAUGUCAAUGUCAGUAAUGCCUUCCAUACCAAUCCAACACCCUCCUCCUCCUCCUCCACCACCUCCUCCAACUGUUCCAUCAGCAACUGUGACAAGGACCACUGCACCUGUAUACACAGCACCACCCCCACCACCACAGACUACUACCAUGGUUUUCUCCAUGGACCAUCCUCCGCCGCCUCUGCCAGUUAUGUUUGAUGCAAGCAGGCCUCCACCACCAUUACCAACUCAAGUAUUAUCAAAAAGUGGUGGAGUUAAACACAAAUCACCAAAUGCUUGUGAAGCUGGACCAAGCAAAUUAAGGAAGCCAGAGGACUCCAAUGUUGCGGACGCGCAUUGCGAAAACUGUGUACAACGCGAGAUCAGGAUUGAUUUGUGCAGGCAAGAAAUGGGUAAAUUACUUUGUGAAGAGGAAUAUCAAACUCUACUUUACAAGAAGAAACUGGAGGAGUAUGAAAGUGGAAAAAAUAUUUUGAAGUUUUUUGUUAGCCCUGAACUUUUUGGGAUUUUGGAAGAAUAUAUUGAGGAUGUUCCUCAGUUACAAGUUAAUGAUGUUUUAUCACAACUUAACCAGGCAUCAUUUAACUCAGGAAUGUCAACAGUGCCAAGACAACUUCUUUUACAAGUUAUGGAGUGUUUCCUUAGAAGGGGUGUAAUUGAGUCUACUUCAAGUACCACACGCCAUUCAAAUGAAACACUUUUGCAAACUUUGUCAGCGCUAAGCAGGAGAUCCAACCAGCCAUCAGCUGCAGAUGUGGUACAAUCAUUAGUUAGCCUUUUAUGCAACUCUAAUACAAGCUCUGAUAAACCUCAUUCUAGUGAUCGAAGCAGUGAAAUAAGCAGAAUAAGUAUAUUAACAAAUGGCAAUAGUCCAGCUAUGAAUGGUUUUAACCGUUAUGUUAAUGGUCAGAAGAGUUUCCCUACAGUUUCUAUGGCUGGUACAGUUCCAUAUUCUGAUGCCAAUGUAGGAACCAGAACAAACUCGGCAGUGAAUGUUAUUACAUCCAGUGCAUCUGUGAAUCAAAUAAUGGCUUCUCCAGCACCCUACUCUUCCUAUCAAAUAUCUAUACCACCACCACCGCCCCCCAGGACUUAUUAUAACCAGCCGCAUAUAGCAUCAAAUAGCACACAGAGUACAUCUUAUAACUCAAAUAAUCGGGCAAAAGCACCAGUCACACAACCAACACCACCCAUGAUAUCAACAUCAGCAGCCAUCCCUAUUCAUCAUGGCAAUCAAAAUUGUAAUCAGUAUGUAAUGGGACGAUACCCACCAUCAAAUUACUACCCUCCAUAUCAAUAA